AUGGCGGCUACCCUGGAGUCCUCGGUGGAGGACCCACUGCGGAACUUCGUUCGAGUUUUGGAAAAGCGAGAUGGCACGGUGUUACGACUGCAGCAGUAUGGCUCCGGCGGCGUGGGCUGCGUUGUUUGGGAUGCUGCCAUUGUCCUUUCUAAGUACUUGGAAACGCCCGGGUUUUCCGGCGAUGGGGCCCACGCUCUGAGCCGGCGAUCGGUGCUGGAGCUGGGCUCCGGCACUGGGGCCGUGGGGCUCAUGGCUGCUACCCUUGGGGCUGAUGUUGUGGUCACAGAUCUUGAGGAAUUGCAAGACUUGCUGAAGAUGAAUAUUAAUAUGAACAAGCAUCUUGUCACUGGUUCUGUUCAAGCCAAGGUACUGAAAUGGGGGGAAGAAAUAGAAGACUUGACUUCUCCGCCAGACUACAUACUGAUGGCUGACUGCAUAUACUAUGAAGAGUCUUUGGAGCCAUUGUUGAAAACUCUAAAAGAUCUUAGUGGAUUUGAGACUUGUAUUAUAUGUUGUUACGAACAACGAACAAUGGGAAAAAAUCCAGAAAUUGAGAAAAAAUAUUUUGAGCUCCUCCAGCUAGACUUUGACUUUGAAAAAAUUCCUUUGGAGAAACAUGAUGAAGAAUAUCGAAGCGAGGAUAUUCAUAUCUUAUACAUCAGAAAGAAGAAAUCGAAAUAUCCAUCAUGAAAUCUUUAGUCAUCUUACCCAAACCUCUAACAACCUGGGUAAGCUAAAGAUGUGAAUGGUGAAUGGAGCAUGUGAAUACAGCAUGGGAAGAUUGUGUUCAUAGAUUUUUCCAGCAUGUCCAUAGAGAUUCAAUAUAUAACUGACAACCACCAUGGGCUGCCUGCAAUUUGAAAAAUGAUUACUGCCUGCCUGCCUGCCAAUGGGCCUGAAAUCCAACUUAGUUUACUUGUAGCUCAGCAUCAAGUUCUGCUUAAAAGAAAAUUGUGUAUCAGUCACUCCUCAAAUGAAAAUAGGUGUUGAGGUUUGCCUA